AUGGAUCAACAACAGCAAUAUUGUUUGAAAUGGAGCAAUUAUUCGUCGAAUUUGGCUACAGCAUUUUCAAAUCUAUUCAACACAGAGACCCUGACCGAUGUCACAUUGUUUUGUGAGGGUGAGUUUAAGAUGAUAAUGUUUAAAAAGGGAUCAAUAGACACGACAGUUGUGAUAACAUUAGAAACACAUUAA